AUGUCGGAAUCUGAUGAAAUGAUUUCCUAUGAGGGAUCUCAACCCGAGGGAUUUCAGCCGGUUGCCUCUUCGCAGGACUUUGAGCAGUUGGAAAUUCUGCGCGAAGAGGUUAACGUUCCGUUGCAUGAGCCACUUCCGGUUGACUACAAUGUGGCUUUUUCGGAUGUGCCAGACGAUUUGGCAAGCAGCAGCAGUGAACCGGAAGCAUCCUGUUCCGCCGUUAAAACGACCGGUCGCAAACGGAAGAACCAGGCCACCGACGAUGCUACCGGAACGAAAAGACGCGGUGAGAACUUCGUUUACCGUUUCAAGGGUGAUAUUUUGGUGAAAAAUUUCAAAGGGCAGAAGAUUCCCGACCGCUGUGGAGAGGUCAGCGUGGAGUCGAAAAAAGUUGCCGAAAUCUCGGCGGGCAUCUGGGAGCAGUGUCGCGGAAAAGUUUAUCGUGGUGUCACUUUCCAUGAUUCUCCGCACGAAAUUAUUGCAGCCGAAGAAGAUCGUUCUAUUGCGAUCGUCAAGUGGGACGAUGAACUUCCCAAUUUCGAGAACCGCGGACGGUUCAUGUACUUCCUGGACGUUAAGAGCAAGCGAAGCCACCGACCAGACAAGGUUGACUCGAAGACGCUUCUUAGCUGGGAGGGAAAGGAGAUCUCGGUUGUUAUCCUGAAGUACUCCGAUGCGGUCACCACGCUCAAACGGUGGAAUACGGUCCAGAAUAAUCUGCUGCGUCCGAAGGAAAAAGACAGAGCCGGUGCUGCCUCUGUGUCGGCCGUUAACGCCGUUCAAGCUGAGUUGAAGAAGCAACACGGGAAGUAUUUGUGUGCAGAAAACGUUGGUUGGUAUUGCUGGGCAAGCUUUAUCUGUGAAAAGCCGUUGGACGAACGUGAUGAGCUCAUCAGCAGCGCUCCACCUACACAUCUUGUCGAUUUAUUCACUACUGUUCCCGUUCACAGCGACGUGCUCCUUGACAAGGCAAGAUUGGAUCUUCAAGUCGCAAACACCGUAAACGAAGCUUAUGGUCAGAUUCUGCCAAAGCUUAAUGAAGAUAUUGCGCAGGUGCAGCAAAUCUUUGAUGUGAUGCGCGCACGCAUCAAGCAACUCGAAGAGAAACGCGAUGAUUAUGAGAGAAUGCUUAAAGCCAUGAGUGGUACAGUUUCAGUCAAGGAAAAUCGGCAUUCCCUUUUACUGGCUAAUACUGUCACCAAUUGUGUUGAUGAUGAUCAUGCGAGUGAUGAUGAUGCUGAUCAACAAGAUAAUAAUCUACAGGGUCAUGAUCAGCAAGUUGAGGGUCUGCUAGGCGAUUUGUGA